AUGGCACCCGGACAGAGCCAGCAGAAUGCUAUGAAAGGUUUGCAAUUAUUUAUUGCAGACCUUCGAGCAAGCCAGAAGACAAAGGACCACGCAAGAAGGAUUCAAAAUGAACUUUCGAAUAUUAGGAAACAGUUCUCACAAAAGGGUGGGCUUAAUAGUUAUCAGAGAAAGAAAUAUGUGGCAAAAAUGGCAUACAUAUACAUUACCACUAAUGCCGGUAUGAUACAAGAACUACUUUUUGGUUUAGACCAGUGUGUUCAAUUGUUGAAGAGUAACAACUUUAGUGAUAAAUGGGUUGGUUAUAUGACGCUGGAACUCUUUUUCAAUCACUCUGUUGUGAGAAACCAAGUAAUGGAAAAAACUGUAUCCUGUUUGAAGUCUGAUUUAAGUUCCAAUGAUCCGAACAUUAUUAGUUUAGCACUACACUUCAUCGGUAUUGUGGGUAACAGAGAUGAUAUAUUUGCGGAUAACUUAAGUGACACUGUGUUUGGUCUUCUACGUUCACCUGUGACCGAUAACUUUAUUAAGAGAAAGGCCUGUUUAGCCUUGUUGGCUUUAAUUCGGUAUAAGCCCGAAGUUUUCUCUAAUCUUGAAGAAAAGAAGCGCACACUUUGGAUAGAGCGGAUUACUACUCUACUAGGAGAUGGUGAUGAUGAUUCUCUUCUGCUCUCACUUUUACCCUUGCUUGAGUUUAUCGCAGCAAAUAUUGAUGUGCGUCCUCUAUACCGGUUGAUACCGCAGUUGACGGAUAUUUUGCAUGAUUGCCUUUCCAAGAGAGCGGUCAAUGUUGCACCAUCGGAUUAUAAGGUUACAGACUUGCCAAAUCCCUGGUUGAUUGGAAAAUGUACCUCACUUUUAGAUAUCUUGGUCAGCGAUAACGGUGAAAAUUUGAUUGGAGCUAACGUUGAUCAGCGUACUCUGGGUAAACUUAGGAUGUGUGUUUCUUCUGCUGUUAAUCUAGUUUCUGUUGAAAGCACGGAUCCAGUUGCUAAAAACGCUCAAUACACUGUUUUCUUCGAUAUGCUGGGUUUGGCGUGCAAAUUAGACCCUACCAACGAAGCGAUUGUUAAUUCCGUAGAAGGUUUGCAUAAUUUGAUAGCUUGUACUGACCUGAACAUUAGAUAUUCUACAUUCGACCUAUUGAUCAAAAUUUGUAGGCUGAACGGUAGAACAGCCAUCGUCGCAGUCCAGAACAAUCAUCUUUCUAACCUUUUCGAGAUGUUAAGGAGAGAAGGUGACGUUACUUUGCUUAGAAAAAUCAUUGACUUGUUAGUCAUUCUUACCGACAGUAAUAACUUCAAAUCUGUGGUUCAGGAAUUGUUACUAGCCCUUCAAAAUCACAAAUCAAUGGGCUUCUCAUUAAUAGAAGAACUGGCUCUCAAAAUUGAAAAACUUAUAGAACGUAAUGCUGAUGAUCUCAAUUGGUUUGUUAUUUCAUCUCUAAAGUUAUUAUCAGCCAAUACAUCUAUCAAGGAUGACCAUGUUUGGAAACGUAUUUGUCAAAUCGUGGUUAAUAAUGAGCCGCUACAUAAACUUGCAUGCGAACAUCUCAUUCAGUAUUUGGGCUCUCCAAAUGUUGCAGAAUCUCUCGUGAAAGCGGGUGUUUUCUUAUUAUCAGAGUACGCACAACUAAUCACCGAUAAAGUAUCAGCUGGGGAUCUUUUCAAUCUCUUCACUGAAAGGUACUUCCAAGUAGGUAACCUAACAAAGGCUAUGAUUUUACCUGCAAUGUUGAAACUCUACCACGUUGAACCUAGGCUUUCAUCUGUUGUGGUCAAGUUUUAUCAAUUAGAAUUAAAUUCAUUCGAUGUGAUCUUGCAAACAAGAUCUUAUGAGUGCUUAAAGAUCAUUCAGUAUACAAAAAUGAACGAUAUGACAUUUUUAGAUAAGCUCUUGCCAGGUAUGCCACCAUUUACCAACUCUAGUAGCACGAUAAACUUGGCAUCGAAACUACAGCAAAAUGAGUUAUUGACUUUGGAUCAACCUUCCUCAUCAGGCGAAAAAUCGUCCGUGUCGUCGGCAUCAACAACGCAACAGCAACAGCAACCAGCACCUCCCAAGUCAAGAAAGGAUACAAAACUGUAUCAUUCGCAACCACUGACACCAGGAUGGGAAGCUGGAUUCAAAAGAAUGGCCAUUCAUAAACAAGGUGUGUUUUAUCAAGAUAUCUUGAUGAGCAUCUUGUUUAGGGUAGAGAGGAAAGUGGAUCAGCCUAGCACAAGUAAAAUAUCCCUAACUUUUGUCAACAAAUCACACCGAGACAUUUCCGGGUUGAGUUGUGAGAUUAUUCCUUUCCGCGCCGACAACAAUCCACAAUAUGUUUUCCAAGUUGUUCGAUCGCCAGAAUAUAAAUUAGCUGCACAAUCUGGAAGCAGAACUGUUUUGGAAUUUGAGAUAACUACUAGAUUCCCAUUCCCACAAGAACAGUCUCCACUGUUAUCGUUGCAAUUCAAAUGUGGUGGACAACACUCGAAUUAUAGACUAAAGAUUGGUUACACUAUAAUCUCAACCUUGUUACCCAGUGAUAACGGUAUCAGUUUACCUCAAUUUAUUCAAAGGUGGAAAUCGAUCGGAGACUCGCUCGGAAAAUCUGGUGAAUAUAGUGACACUAUUAAACACCAAGGCGGUGAAAUAACUCAAGCAAAGGUUUUAAGUUUACUUCCAAAGAUUGGUUUUGAUAUUGUUGAGCAGAAUUCGGUGUCAAAUACUGUAUUUGCUGGAGGUAUUAUACACACUAAGAGCAGUUCCAAUUAUGGAUGUUUAUUGAAGAUCAAGGUAUCGCAAACAGAAAAUGUAAUCGACAUUUCAUGCAGAACAACGUCGACCGAAGAUCUUUCAAGAUUUGUUGUGAACUGCGUAAAGAAAGCAAUUGAUCAAUGA